AUGGUGCUCGAGUGGCUCAAAGGCGCCACCGGGGUUUUCUCGGCGGGCGACCGAGGAGCCGCCCGGAGCCCGGCGCAGGCGCGACCGCCCGCGCGACGCGUCCGCAUCCAAGAGGACGCCAAGGCCGCGGCGGCCGCGCGCGUGACGCGCGAAAAGGAGAAGGCGCGCAAGGACACGCCGCGAAAAAAAAACCAAAGCCGCGCGGCCCGCGCCCCGUCGUCGCGCCUCAAGGACGAUUUCGUCGUGGACAAGAAGGUGCUCGGCGAGGGACAUUACGGCGUCGUGCGCCGCUGCUCGCCGCGCGCGGACCCGUCGGCGCCUGCGCGGAAAAGUCAACCAGCGACGCGGGCACCGCGCCCGAGGUACACUCGACGCUCCGCCUCGGCCGUCUCGCGGUCGUUUGGACGACGCGAGCGUCGCACGGACGGAGGGCGGUGGGCAUCUCGUCGACGACAUCUGAUCAAGACGACGAGCGAUCGGGGAACCGUAAACGUGUAAUUUCCGCUCAACGUGCUGGCGCGAGCGUCGGUGUGGAAAUCGACCUUCAAAAUUCUCCCUCUCGGCAAAGGGACCACGGCGCCCUCUUCAUCUUCUUACGUCACCAGUGGCGUUCAAUUACGAAGCAGACCGUGCGGACCAUUGCAAGAGACCGUAAACUGUUCAUGUCCGCGCAGGCAGGAAUUGAGCGGGCCCGAGCUCACGCAGCUACGCGACGUCUUCCGGGAGAUCGACACCGACGGCUCGGGCACGAUCUCGACCGCCGAGUUGCGCCGCGCGCUCGAGCCGCACGUCGCGCACCGCGCCGACUCCGGCGGCCUCGAGGCGGGCGACCGCGACGCGGCGCAGUCGCUCAUGGAGGCCGCCGACGUGUCGGGCGACCAGCAGAUCGACUACCGCGAGUUCAUCGCCGCCACGAUGCAGCGCCAGCUCUACCUCCGCGAGGAAAACGUCCGCAAGGUCUUCGAGCACCUCGACGUCGACGACUCGGGCGACAUAUCCGUCGAAAACCUCGUCGCGCUCACGGGUUCGAAGAAGAAGGCCGAGGAGCUCAUCGGCGAGGGCGACCUCGACCAUUCCAAGACGAUUUCUUACGAGGAAUUCAAAAAGCUCAUGCACACGGCCAGCUAG